AUUCUCUUGAGCUAUGGUACAUACACUAAUUUGGAGCUGCUGGAGCAUUAUGGUUUUCUUCUCGACAACAAUCCAAACGACAAGGUAUACAUUCCCAUCGAACCUGGGGUGUCUUCUUGCAGCUCAUGGCCUACAGAAUCUCUGUACAUUAAUCAAGGUGGUGAGCCUUCUUAUGCACUGUUGUCCACGUUGCGACUAUGGGCCAUCCCUUCAAACCAGCGGAGAUCUGUGGGACAUCUGGCAUAUUCAGGGUCUCAACUCUCUCCAGAAAAUGAGAUGCGUGUUAUGCACCUAAUGUUGAAGUGUUGCAAUAAUGUUCUUCAAAACCUGCCCACUACAAUUGAAGAUGACCAACGUCUCCUAUGUAGCCUGAACCAGGUGGAUGGUAUCGAAACCCCUGUGGAGCUUUUUGACGUGUUUUUGAAACUUGGAGCUGAAGGCUGUGCCUUUUUAGAAAGCCUUGGCCUUCAAAGCAUAGCUAAUGUUGCAGAAUCUAUGUCUUGGAAGAUCGAAAGGGCAUUGGAGAGGUGGAAACUAGCAGUUCAGUGGAGGCUGAGGUAUAAGAGAACCCUUGUGGAUUGCAUAACUUAUUGUUCCGAUGUAAUUGACUGUAUUCAGUCUCCGCGUCCCCUCGAAAUGGAAUGUGCUGACUGA